UAUUUUUAACUAAUAAAUUAAUUUAAAAUGUAUUCCCAAAUAUGUGUACAAGGCUGAAAUAAUCGUUAUUCCACUGACUAGUAUUCCUCAUAUUAUUCAAUGGGCAUCAACCUUCUUUAACUUCAAACACUUCAAGUCGAUGUUUUAUACUUAUGGAAACCGAAAAUGUGGCCAAUAAGGUUAAAAUGGCGCUCUGGCUGCCUCCUACAUGGUACAGACUCAAACCACAUCUAGAGCAAUAUAACGAAGGCAGACCAUUAGAAGUUGAAAUUUUGGUUAACAACGACAACGAAAUUGUUGACAAAGCAGUUUACGAUAUUAUGUUGAAAGAAGGCAAUAUAUGUAUGUUAACUACCAAUUUUACUUAUAAAACUCACCUUUGCCGAGCAUUGGGCAAGGACAUGCCUGAUAUUGGUAGUCAAUUAGAAGAUACUCAGACUUCUGUCUUUGAGAGUACGGAACGAAUAUUUGAUACUGAGAACCUUGUUAAUUCAUCUGAUGAGGAAGCUGAAUUUUCAACUUCUCCAACAAAGCCCGCUAUAUUCUUUUUGUUAUACACCAAGGAAGACGUACUGAACUGUAACAUAGCUGUUUUGAAACAACGCAUACUUACAACUGUGGAAAUAUUGAAAGUGCUAUAUAGCAACGUAACUUUGGUGUUGGUUUUACAUGCGUUGCGUUUAUAUGCUUUGCAUGGCAACAACCAAAUAGGUGACACUCAAUUAUCGCAAGAAAGUCAGAGUCCCUUGGUUCACAACGUUGCUUUGGAUGAGAUCAUAUGUUCUCUUGUAGUGGAGCAUCAGGUUGAUACCAUCGAAGCGGAAGACGAUGUUGAACUGGCUAAACUCAUGCUCAAUGCAUGUUCAGCUACAGAGCUUUGUGUCAAUCCUAAAAACUCAAUGUACUUUCGAUCAAAGCCUCAAUCGGAUAACACAGAAGAAAUACCGCUAAUUACACGAAUAUGGAUUGCUCAGUUACAGCAAAUACCCGAAUUAGGGAAGGAAGCCGCUAUUGCCAUUGCCAAUAUCUAUCCUACACCAUCAGAUAUUAUGGAAGCAGCGGCGAACUCCCCUGAGCUAGUGGUAGACAAACUGCGGAACAUAAACGUUGGCAGCCGGGGAUCUCGUAAGUUCGGCCUAUCAUUAGCUAAGAGAAUAACAAAUCUUUUUUCUCCCACUCUCACAGAAACCUCGUUUGUCAUGGAUGAUAAUGACAUGUAACGCAGUAAAAUGUGCAUUUACCGGUGUGUAAUUGUCAACAAGAUGGCAAUACCUCUCUAGAUACGCCUGAUGGAACCAUUCUUUAUAUAUCACAUCUUUAUACACAACCGCCUACACACCAGGCUUCACGUUGGAAACAUUAG